GGGACACUAGGAAACUGUUGUCAGAAGACCAUUUCUGGAUACCAGAAGGUCCCCACAGAUUGUUCAGAGCAUUCUAUAUCCCCUGGCUCUCUGCACAGUAUACUCACUACGCUGACUAUGUACUGCUCAGGAAUAAAUUGCUGUUUAUUAAAUGAUUCAGGUUCAUAAUGAUAAUGAUCAAUCACACAUUGUCACAAUUAAAUAUCAUACAGUGCACUCACUGAUUGUAUGGACACUCAGUAUAGAAAUAAGGGGGACAUGUCAUCAUUGUUGUAAGAGUAUUA